UCUUUAGUUUUUCUUUUAUCUGUCACACACUCUCUCUUUUCUGUUUCUCAUUUUUGGCAAGGAAAAGGGGGAAAGGAAAGAAAAAUAAUUGAAAAAACCCUAAUUUCCUUGUUCCAUCCACAUCUACUCUCAAAUCGGGUUGGAUUGCAACGGUUCCAUGGACCGAAUGAAGUGAAGCAGCCUGAGUCUGUCGAAGAUCAAAAGGAAGAGACCGGAACGACACAACCAAUGGCGACUACAGAUAAAGAAUUGGAAGACCAACUUCUCGAGGCCGGUAACAAACUCGCAGAUCCUCCGUCAUCCGUGGAGGACCUUCUCUCACUUCUAGACCAAGUAGAGAGCUUCCUAUCAAAGGUUGAACAGUCACCUUCAAACUCUAUGCAAAUUGCACUCUCUCCAUCAUUGAAAGCAUUGAUUGCAGACAAACUUCUGAGGCACUCAGAUGAUGAUGUCAAAGUCGCAGUUGCCUCUUGCAUCAGUGAAAUAACAAGAAUCACUGCACCUGAUGCUCCUUAUGAUGAUGAUCAAAUGAAGGAGGUCUUUCAAUUAAUAGUAUCUUCUUUUGAAAAUCUACAUGAUACGUUAAGUCGAUCAUAUGCAAAGAGGAUCUCAAUUCUUGAAACUGUUGCAAAAGUCAGAUCAUGUGUUGUAAUGCUGGAUCUUGAAUGUGAUGCCCUGAUUUUGGAGAUGUUUCAGCAUUUCUUUAAAGCAAUAAGGGAAUAUCAUCCAGAAAAUGUUUUUUCAUCCAUGGAAACAAUUAUGACCCUUGUUCUAGAGGAAAGUGAAGAUAUAUCCUUAGACCUGCUGUCUACACUUCUGGCCAGAGUUAAAAAAGAUGACAAGGAAGCUUUUCCAAUUGCCAAAAAAUUGGGUGAGAGGGUCCUUGAAAGUUGUGCAACCAAGCUUAAACCCUAUUUGGGUCAAGCAGUGAAAUCCUCAGGUAUACCUAUGGGUGAUUAUAGUUUGGUACUUUCUUCAAUAUGCCAAGACGCAUCUGAUGCCUUGGAGAAAAAUUAUACAUGUGUUACAAGUGAGCACACGGAAGAUAAGAGUGAGUUGGCAAAACGACCACGUGAGGAGUCGGCACAUGUAGUCGAAAAGGAUCCAAGGGAAGUUAGUAGUCCCUCUCAACAAGAAAAUCCUGAUGUGAAUAUAUCUCCAAAGUCGGUCAUGAGCAAUGGUGUUGCAUGCGUUGAAGAAGGUACUGGUUUAACUAAUUCCAAGUCCAUUAAAAAGCAAGAGGAUGCUGAAUGCUCUAAUCACUCUGAAGGUUUGAAUAUAUCUGGUCAUGAGGUGUGUAAUGAUUUAGACUCUGAAAAAGUUGACAACAGUAAAACUAAGCCAGAACAAUCUACCAAAAGACGAAGGAAGAAAUCAAGCUCUUCAACUAAAUCUGCAAAACUUUCCAAGGGUCAAGUUGCUGCUAAUGAUAAGGAAACUGAGAAAAAACUCGAAAACAACAGCAAGAAAGUACCCAGUUCCCCUCACGAGGACCAUUUUGUUGAAGCAGAAGCAGCAGGACCUUCAGAGAAUGACAAAGAGGUUGAUGCUAAGACUUUAUCACCAAAGGUGUACAACAAUGAAUCUGAAGUUGCUUCUCCACUAGGUGAGAACCUCCAUGAUGAAAGUCGAUCGAAGAAACUUGGACGAACAAAAAGGAAAGAUGGCCCUGUAAAAGAUGUGGCUGGAGAAGAUGUUUCUAAGGUUUCUGGGGGAGGAGCUAGUGAUUCAGAAGCCAAACCUACGAGGCGGUCAAUGAAAAAGGCACUUGGUCAGAAUUCUGUGAGAAAGACUAGUGUUGUAGAUUCAGUUAAAAAAGGAAGUGGGGCAGCAACUGAUACAGAUGCUAAGAAGCAUUCAGCGAAGAAAUUAGAUGAAAACAAAAAGGGUAGUGGCGGGUCCUCUUCAAAGCAGAUUGGGGACAAGAAAAAGGGAGGGAGGACGAAAGCUAACCCUGAAACAGAUCUAGCAAAAUCAACUGCUACCGAUGUGGACAGGGAAGUGGUUUCUUCUCCAAGGCCUGGUACAAAAUCAACUAAAGAUGAAAGUUCAGAGGAGACUCCCAAGGCAAAUGUGAAAAGGAAACGCAGUUCAGGAAAAGAAAAUGAGUCUGAUGUGAAGGACUAUGGUGAAAACCUUGUUGGUUUACGAGUCAAAGUUUGGUGGCCUGAGGAUCGUGAGUUUUACAAAGGUGUUAUUCAUUCUUUUUAUUCUGGCAAAAAGAAGCACAAGGUCUUGUACGAUGAUGGUGAUGAAGAAACAUUAAAUCUCGUGAAGGAAAAGUGGAAGUUAAUUGAAGCUGGUUCUGAUGCAGAUGAGGAAGGACAAAGUGAACGUGAAAGUCUUGAUGCUUCCACCGAUAUGCCACCGAAGAAGAAAGGGAAAACCAGUGCUGGUGAAUCAACUAAGCAAGGAAAGGUGGAUGGUUCUUCCAAAAGCGGUGGAGCUGCAGCAUCCAGUAGAUCAAAGGGUGUAUCCGUGAAGUCUAGCCAAAAGUCCAAAGAUGGAAACAAAUCCAAAGAUUCCAAGACUAUUAGCAAAUCUGAGGACCGAGUUAGCAGAAAAUCUAAGGAGGGUACUCCUAAAAGUGGUAGCAGUAAAAUUGUUGCAGCUGCUGUUAAGAAAAUGAGUAAUAAAUCCAAAAGCUCUGAUACUUCCAAGGCUAACGAAUCAAAGGAUGAUGACACUAGCAAGCCAAAAUCUGCUGCCAAGUCUAAGCAAGAAACUCCAAAAGGUGGGAAAUCCAAGCAAGAAACCUUGAAGUCUGCCAUUUCUAAAGGAAAACCUCUUAAAGGUGGUGGAAAGAGUGAUGCUAAUGGUAGUGGUAAGGUGAAAUCUGGUUUAAUGAAGAGAAAAUAUGCGGAGGAUGAAAACUCAGAUGCUUGAUCAAAGUUGAAAGCUUCAAGGGCAUGACUUAAAGAUCGUCAAAGGCACAAGGGAGUUAGUUGGAGAGGGGAAAGAAGCAUCAAAGAACAUAGAAGUGGGUAUUUAUUCUCACUGUUUAUUCCUUAACUGUAUCAGGUUAGCUGUUCAUCAUUUUGUGGUAAUCAAUCUCGUUGUUGGUAAGUAUUAUUUUCUCAUGUUAAUUAGCUAGGCUAGUUUAGUUGUAGUAUGGGCUAGUAUCCUUAAUCACUUUUACAUUUAUUUCUAGACUAGAGGGAUGUUAUUUUUAAGUCAACACUUGAAAAUAUUUGCCUAGCAACCUUCAUUUAAAGAAUGCUUUGGCACA